AUGUCUGGUGGCCGGGUCGGUGCUAGCGAAUGUGCCCGAGCGGCGCGUUGCCGAUCCCUCGGGAUCCAGUCUCCUAGCGACCGACUUGCCGGCAGGUUGACAGGACAGGCGCUGGGGCUACUCGGCCCGCGGGAGGCAGGCCCGAGGGCUGCCCAGAGCUCGGACGAGGGCACGCCAGGGCCCGGACGACCGAGCCCGUCCACGUCUCGCCUCACUCCUACCGGUCGGCAUGACUACACGCACUCACAGAUCGGCCUAGCUGCCCGGCUGGCUGGCCGGCAAUAG